CGCUGAGCAGCAUCGACACUGUGGCGUAGAAGAAGUCAGGGCGCCGUCCAUCUUCUAGGAAAUCGACGGCCAUCUGAUCUGCUGUUGGACGAGAAAAGAACAAACAACAGCGAUCAUGGGAGCUGUUCUGGGUUUGUGCUCCAUGGCAAGCUGGGUCCCGUGCCUGUGUGGCAGUGCCCCCUGCCUGCUGUGUCGAUGCUGCCCCAGUGGAAACAAUUCCACUGUGACACGACUCAUCUACGCCUUCUUCCUGCUGCUGGGAGUGGCUGUAGCCUGUAUUAUGCUGAUGCCUGGCAUGGAGGGGCAGCUCAAGAAGAUUCCAGGUUUCUGUGAAGGCGGUAUGGGUUCAUCUAUUCCUGGUGUGGAGGGACACGUGAACUGUGACGUGCUGGUUGGCUACAAGGCUGUGUACCGUGUUUGCUUUGGAAUGGCCAUGUUCUUCCUGCUCUUCUCUCUACUCAUGAUCAAAGUCAAGAGCAGCAAGGAUCCCCGUGCUGCACUGCACAAUGGGUUUUGGUUCUUCAAGUUUGCAGCAGCUGUUGCCAUCACGAUUGGAUCAUUUUUCAUCUCAGAAGGGCCCUUCACUACUGUGUGGUUCUACGUCGGCAUGGCAGGGGCCUUCUGUUUCAUCCUCAUCCAGCUUGUUUUACUCAUCGACUUUGCCCAUUCCUGGAAUGAGUCCUGGGUGGAAAAGAUGGAGGAGGGCAACUCUCGCUGCUGGUAUGCAGCUCUACUGUCGGUCACUACAGUGAGCUACUUGUUGUCUCUUGUGUCCCUGGUCAUGUUCUAUGUCUACUACACCCACUCUGAUGGCUGCACUGAGAACAAGGUCUUCAUCAGCAUCAAUAUGCUCCUCUGCAUCACUGCCUCGGUCAUGUCCAUCCUGCCGCAGAUCCAGGAGUCCCAGCCCAGGUCUGGCCUGUUGCAGUCUUCCCUCGUGACACUGUACACCAUGUACCUGACCUGGUCUGCUAUGACCAAUGAGCCUGACAGGAAAUGUAACCCAAGCCUUCUGGGCAUUAUUGGGCUAAACAGCACCAGUCCUGCUGGUCAGGACCAUGUGGUUCAGUGGUGGGAUGCCCAAGGGAUUGUGGGAUUGAUCCUUUUCCUCAUGUGUGUCCUAUAUUCCAGCAUCCGCAAUUCAUCCAAUGCCCAGGUGAACAAGCUGACUCUGACCAGUGAUGAGUCUGCUCUGAUUGAAGAUGGGCCUCAGACUGACAGCUUCGAGGAGGGCAGCAGCCCCAACAGAGCUGUGGACAAUGAGAAAGAUGGCGUUACAUAUUCUUACUCUUUCUUCCACUUCAUGUUGUUCCUGGCAUCACUCUACAUUAUGAUGACACUCACCAACUGGUACAGCCCUGACUCUAAUUAUGAGGCCAUCACCAGCAAGUGGCCAUCUGUGUGGGUGAAGAUCUCCUCCAGCUGGAUUUGCAUUGCACUCUAUGUGUGGACACUAGUGGCACCACUGGUCCUGGUCAACAGGGAUUUUGACUGAAACACACACUGUCUCACUGCUCAUCCACACAUUCAGACUUUCACCUUAUUUUGUUUCCACAAAUUCAGUAAAGCAGUAGGUAUCUAAUGUUGCAUCAGUCAGUGCUGGAGGAACAGGCGCUCUCCUCAGGCUGGUUUUGUUUAGUGGUUGUGUUGACUCACUUGUACAGUUUGUUGCAGCUACAUAAUCAGGGGAUGAUGAACUAGUCAGGGUGUUCAUGUUUUUCAUUUUUCCACCUUUGACUUCUGCCCAUUCUCAUCUAGUAUGAUAUAUGUUCCCCAUGCUCUCGAAGUUAAUAUAUCCUGUUAAAUCUAGUGGAUGACUUUGUUUUCUUUCCAAAAAUUUAGCUGCAUGCUUUUCUUUGAAAUCUUGAUGUAGCAUUAACAGUAGUUGUAUCUGAAAUGUCUUAGGUUGCCAUGAUCCUGUGGGCAACACCAAGUGAACUCUGCAUUGUAAUAUUAUAUAUGCUGUUACAUGUUAAAAAAGGGAGAAAUUGAUUUGAGUUGUGCAUGAUAGCUGUGAUAUUGCGAAGCAAGAGUAGGGUUACCACCGACUCCCAUCAGUGAGCAGGGCUGUGUAUGUUAUUUGUGUAGUUAUCUGCUCUUCUGCAUCUUGCACGUCUGGACAUACUCAAAUAAUAGAGCAACAAAAUGCAUUCUUGUUUUUGAGUGCUUGUGAUUUGCAUUUUGAUAGCCUUUGUGGUUUUGACUGCUUGAAAAGCUUCUGGAUAAGUUAUUUCAUAAUGUUUACCAUUAGCCUGUAGUCCCUCCCAGACGAGGCAGACAUGGUGCGAGUCUCAUCUGUGCUUUUCUCCUAAUAUGUUUUUUUUUCUUGACCCCACAGUAUAUUGUAACACAUUUAAUAAAAUAAAUGGCAGGAAAAAAAA